AACAAUGAGCUUUAGACCUUUAAGGAUCAAAGGAAAUAUUUCUAAAAUUCUUGUAUUAUUCAGGAAACAAGCAUACGCAACAACAGAAACAAUGCAUUUUAAAGCACCUAUUCAGUUAUAUGGUAUUGAUGGAACAUAUGCUACGGCUCUCUAUAAUGCAGCAAGUAAAAAUAUGUCACUUGAAAAAAUAGAAAAAUCGCUUAAUUCUCUUUGUAACGUCAUUGAUAAAGAUGUAAAACUUUCUUUAAUUCUUAACAAUCCGUCCCUUUCGUUAAAAGAUCGAUUAAUAAUUGCCGAUGUUCUUUCAAAAUUACUAGGAAAUGAUAAAUUAAUUUCCAAUUUUUUACAAAUAAUUGCGGAAAAAAACCGUUUUAAUUUUAUAAAAAGUGUAUCUAAAAAGUUUUCAUAUCUAAUAACUACAAAAAGGGGAGAAAUUGAAGUAGUUGUUACUAGUGCUUCUUUACUUGAUUCACAUUCUUUGAAGCGUCUGGAAACAGCUAUUUCAAAAUCAAAAUAUGUUGGUCCUGAAAAAAAACUUAUAAUGAUUAAUAAAAUAAAUAAAAAUAUUAUUGGAGGUAUUAUUGUAGAGAUUGGAAACUAUACGAUCGAUUUAAGUGUAGCAGAUAAAAUUCUAAAGUUAAAUAAAAUUUUAACAGAUUCCAUUUAAAUCUGUUAAUUUAUUUUAUAUAUAAGUAUUAACAAACA